UAGCCUAUAUUAAAAGUAGACUAGGUAUGGUACGGUACCGGUACCAUGUUGCCAAACCUUGCGCACAUGUCUGUAUGAAGGACCAUAUUAAUAAACUUAUUUGAUUUAUUGCAUUUUAUGCUUAUCAUAAGGGGUGUAUGCCGCACUUUCAUGUGUCUUAGGCUAGUAUGGUCUUGUGUAUACAUCCCGUCUUCAAUGUUGAUAAUCACUAACUGUUUUUUAUUUUGCUUUUACGAGACGAAUGAACAUACAUACAUACAUUUGCGUAUUUUUUGUUCAUUUCUUACCCAAGCCUCGUUUGCCUAGGUUUGUGUUUUGGCUUAAUUCUUUGUGUGUGUGUUUGCAAAACAGAAAAUUGUGCAGGACAAGCUAAACUCUAUUUUAAUCUAUACAUCAGUUGUGAGCAAAAACAAAAUGUGUGAACUAAUAUUGUUUUGAAAAUCAAAGAAAUCAAUCAAAGUUCAAUUUUAUCAAUUCAAUUAAGCAGUAUCAUUACUAUUUAUCUGAAUUAAAUUGGACCACCAUUCACAUAUAGCUAUAUAUACAGAUAUAUAUUCCCUCCCAAGUCUAUAAUAAUUAUAUAAUGAAUUACGAUAGUUAUCUGUCAUAUAUUUUUAACUUAUAAUUUUUUGGAUUUAUUUAAACCUAUGUGUAUAUCAUUUUGUGUGUAAACAAGUCAGACUUUGUAUCAACUUAUAUCUAACUGAAAUUCUGACAGGAAUACCCCCACAAGAAUGCAUCUUAACCAAGCAUGAGAGCUGGAGUCUGAGCCAAGCUUUCAAAGUUAGAUAGACAGAUAGAGCUGGAGAUACCAGAAAUAUAAGUGGCUCAUCUCCUAAUCUAAUUAUCUUUCAACAUUUAUAAUUUUUUCAAAACUUCAUACAAAUAAUAAAAACUACCCUUUUCAGCUUGUAAAUUUUUAUAGAUUUUAAUUAUAAUAUUAAUUAAAAAGUUUCCGAGUUCAAUAUAUAUAUUUGAAAGUUUUAAUUUUGAAAAGUUAAACCCUUGUAUCAUAGUCCUGAGUCCUACUUCCACCAAGCGGUAUUUGGGCAGAUAUAAUAAUGAGUAUGAAGAAAAUAAGCUGGAGCUGGAGCCCAGCUCUGACGUAUAAAAUGCCAGAGCUGGAUCCACAGUUCGAAUAUACUUUGAUGCUGGAGCCAAAGUCACUUUGAUUUCGAACCAGUUCCCCAGCCCUGAUCUAAACUGGAAAAAUAUAAAAAGAGUGAUUGGGGGCGAUUACCGGUACUUGAUUUGUAAAACUGUGUCUUUGAUACUAGUUUACAUGAUUAACAAGCAAUAUAGGUGUUGAGUUUUGGUUAGUUGACUCUGAGCAAUUAUGCACAUCAAUCACACUCUUAGUGUCAAUGUGUUUUUUCAUCAAUUUUCACCUUUCUUAUCAGAUAAUAUUUAAAAUCCAAUCAAUAGAAUGACAGCGAACGAUGCUCGAAAAAUACUAUUUGCUGCUGUUUUCCGAUAUGUUGCCAAAAACACUCCUAGACCAGUAAAACAUGGUUGGACAGCUACUGUUUCAACUUUCAGAAAUGCUUCAAACACUUUACCUCCACUUUCACCCAUUGGUCGUCUUAUAUAUAAUGCAUCAUGGAAACAGCCAAGUCUUCUACCAAAGUCUUGGAAAACUGCAGGGAUUAGAAGGAUUGCUUCAUGCCCUAACCUUUUUAGAAUGUUUGGUUUACCUUAUAAAGGACAAGGUUUAAAGAAGCAUGCAGCAACUGUUAAAGAAUCAAAAAAGCUUCAACAGUUCAUAGAUAACAGAAAAAAGGAGCAGGAAUGGGGAAGAAAAUAUUUUCCUGUUUUCCCAGAUGUAAUAACCUUUUUCAAGGCAGCCAUCAUUGCUACAUCUGGAGUAUUUGUUGGAUGGAUAUUUUAUCCUGAUAUUGUUGAUAGAAAGUCUGCGCUAAAUGAUCCCACUUUGAGACUCAACAGUGCAAUUAUGCCUCAAGAGAAAAGAAAUAUUAUGUUGAAAGUGUAUCUUGGCCUCCCUUUACGAGCAAUUUCACGUGCUUGGGGCAAAGCCAAUCAGAGUAUGAAUCUACCAGUUACAUUAAGACCUUAUUUUCUAGGCUUGUUUACAAAAGCUUAUGGUGUAAAUAUGGAGGAGGCAUUAGAUUCAAACCUGAAAAACUAUGCAAAUUUAUCCGAAUUUUUUCGCAGAGCCAUCAAAUCUGAAGUACGUCCAAUUGACUACAAAGCUGACUUAGUAAGCCCCGUAGAUGGUACAGUUCUUAAUUUCGGAGAAGUUACAAAUGGUCUUGUGGAACAAGUGAAGGGGGUUCACUAUUCUUUGCAAAAAUUUCUUGGGCCAUUACACGCUGAUCCUGUUCAUCAGGAAUGGGGAGAGAAAGAUCUCUAUCAGCACAAUUGGUGCACUGUUCCACUGGAGAACUACAUGAAAGCUAUAAUGCAUAAUCCAACUGAAAACAGUCUUUAUCAUUGUGUAAUCUAUCUUGCACCAGGUGAUUACCAUAGGUUUCAUUCUCCAGCUAAUUGGACUGUGCAGCAUAGAAGGCAUUUUCCUGGUGAUCUUUUGAGUGUAAGCCCAAAGAUAGCAUCAAUGGUGCCAAGUCUGUUUGUCUUGAAUGAGCGAGUGGGUUUGUUGGGGAAAUGGCAACAUGGAUUUUUUUCAAUGACUGCAGUUGGUGCGACGAACGUUGGGUCUGUUGAGAUAUAUGGAGAUAUUACACUAAAGACGAAUAGACCAAAACGAGUUUAUGGUGGAUAUUACGAUGAGGUGUACAACAAUGUUGAAGCACAAAAGGGGUUGUCAAUGGGAGAAUUUAAUCUUGGUUCAACCAUAGUACUUAUUUUUGAAGCCCCAAAAGACUUUAAAUACAGAGUUGAGGCUGGUCAGAAAAUACAAUUUGGCAAAGCACUGUGAUUUUCUAGACAUCCUUGUUGCCUCAGAAAUGCUCAGACCUUGAUUAUUUUUGGUAUUGCAUUCAAUUAUCCAGCCUGAAUUCUAUCUACCUAAUCUUGUUUUGAGCAAUUAUUUUUGUGAAAUUCUCAGUUCAAAAGUUCCAUAUGUUCAAAUCAGCUGGAUAGCAGAUAACUUAGUAUGCUAUUUAUUCCAUGAACUAUGUGUUUCAAAUCAUGAGAUGUGGAUAUUAUAAUUGACUGUUUUCUGUAUGAAAGAUUGCACAUCUUAAACACACAACGCUAUCACUUUUUAUUCAUUUGGUAAAAAUUAUUUUUUUUAACUUCAUCUGCCUAAUUGAAGUAUUUAGAAUUAUUCUAGCCAACAAAUGUUAAUGUUUUAUUCCUAAAGGAUUGUCCCUUUAUUUAGUACUUGAUUAUAUGAAACAAAAAAGGUAGGUGACCCAAUUUUAUUAUGUUCUUCAAAGACUUCCAUUAAUGUCUUUGUGGUUCUCAUUUUGAAUCGUUCUGUAAUUAGCAUUAUGCUAACAUAUUUAACGCUUAUCAUACGUUCAUUAUUUGAAAGAUUGUACUUGUUUUUCAUGCAGUCACAAUUAUCUUAUUUUAAUAAACUUUCCCUAUCAGGUAA